ACUCAUUGGUAGUGUGGAAGGAAGUUGAUUUGACCCGACUGUCUGAAAAGGAACGUCGUGAUGCUUUGAAUGAGAUUGUUAUUCUGGCACUGCUGCAGCAUGACAACAUUAUUGCCUACUACAAUCACUUCAUGGACAAUACCACCCUGCUGAUUGAGCUGGAAUAUUGUAAUGGAGGAAACCUGUAUGACAAAAUCCUUCGUCAGAAGGACAAAUUGUUUGAGGAAGAGAUGGUGGUGUGGUACCUAUUUCAGAUUGUUUCAGCAGUGAGCUGUAUCCACAAAGCUGGAAUCCUUCAUAGGGAUAUAAAGACAUUAAAUAUUUUUCUGACCAAGGCAAACUUGAUAAAACUUGGAGAUUAUGGCCUGGCAAAGAAACUUAAUUCUGAGUAUUCUAUGGCUGAGACGCUUGUUGGAACCCCGUACUACAUGUCUCCAGAGCUCUGUCAAGGAGUAAAAUACAAUUUCAAGUCCGAUAUCUGGGCAGUAGGCUGCGUCAUUUUUGAACUGCUUACCCUAAAGAGGACGUUUGAUGCUACAAAUCCUCUGAACCUAUGUGUGAAGAUCGUGCAAGGAAUCCGGGCCAUGGAAGUUGAUUCUAGCCAGUACUCUUUGGAAUUGAUCCAAAUGGUCCAUGCAUGCCUCGAUCAGGAUCCUGAGCAGAGACCCACUGCAGAUGAACUUUUGGAUCGCCCCCUUCUGAAGAAAUGCAGGAGAGAAAUGGAGGAAAAAGUCACUCUGCUUAAUGCACCUACAAAGAGACCAAGGUCAAGCACUGUAUCUGAAGCACCAAUUGCUGUGGUAACAUCACGAACCAGUGAAGUCUAUGUUUGGGGUGGUGGAAAAUCCACCCCCCAGAAACUGGAUGUCAUCAAGAGUGGCUGUAGUGCUCGUCAGGUGUGUGCAGGAAAUACCCACUUUGCUGUGGUCACAGUGGAGAAGGAGCUGUACACCUGGGUGAACAUGCAGGGGGGUACUAAACUCCAUGGUCAGCUGGGUCAUGGAGACAAAGCCUCCUAUCGACAGCCAAAGCAUGUGGAAAAGUUGCAAGGCAGAGCUAUCCAUCAGGUAUCCUGUGGGGAUGACUUCACUGUCUGUGUGACAGAUGAAGGUCAGCUCUAUGCCUUUGGAUCAGAUUAUUAUGGCUGCAUGGGAGUGGACAAGGUUGUGGGCCCUGAAGUGCUUGAACCCAUGCAGCUGAACUUCUUCUUCAGCAAUCCAGUGGAGCAGGUCUCCUGUGGAGAUAAUCAUGUGGUGGUUCUGACACGAAACAAGGAAGUCUAUUCUUGGGGCUGUGGCGAAUAUGGACGGCUGGGUUUGGAUUCAGAGGAGGAUUAUUACACACCACAAAAGGUGGAUGUUCCCAAGGCCUUGAUUAUUGUUGCAGUUCAAUGUGGCUGUGAUGGGACGUUUCUGUUGACCCAGUCAGGCAAAGUGCUGGCCUGUGGACUUAAUGAGUUCAAUAAACUGGGUCUGAAUCAGUGCAUGUCUGGAAUCAUCAACCAUGAAGCAUACCAUGAAGUUCCCUACACAACCUCUUUUACCUUAGCCAAACAGCUGUCCUUUUACAAGAUUCGUACCAUUGCCCCAGGCAAGACUCACACAGCUGCUAUUGAUGAGCGAGGCCGGCUGCUGACCUUUGGCUGCAACAAGUGUGGGCAGCUGGGUGUUGGGAAUUACAAGAAGCGUCUGGGAAUCAACCUGUUGGGGGGACCGCUAGGUGGAAAGCAAGUGAUCCGGGUCUCCUGCGGUGAUGAGUUUACCAUUGCUGCCACUGAUGAUAAUCACAUUUUUGCCUGGGGCAAUGGUGGUAAUGGCCGCCUGGCAAUGACUCCCACAGAGAGACCACACGGCUCCGAUAUCUGUACCUCAUGGCCUCGGCCUAUUUUUGGAUCUUUGCAUCAUGUCCCAGACUUAUCUUGUCGUGGCUGGCAUACCAUCCUUAUUGUUGAGAAAGUGUUGAAUUCUAAGACCAUCCGUUCCAACAGCAGUGGCUUAUCCAUUGGAACUGUGGUUCAGAGCUCUAGCCCAGGAGGCGGCGGCGGCGGCGGCUGUGGUGGUGGUGGUGAAGAGGAGGACAGUCAGCAAGUAUCUGAAACUCCAGAUCCAAGUGGAGGCUUCCGAGGAACAAUGGAAGCAGACCGAGGAAUGGAAGGUUUAAUCAGCCCCACAGAGGCCAUGGGGAACAGCAGUGGGGUCAGCAGCUCCUGUCCUGGCUGGCUUCGAAAGGAGCUGGAAAAUGCAGAAUUCAUCCCAAUGCCUGACAGCCCAUCUCCCCUAAGUGCAGCAUUUUCAGAAUCUGAGAAAGACACUCUGCCCUACGAAGAGCUGCAAGGACUCAAAGUGACCUCUGAAGCACCUUUGGAACACAAGCCCCCAGUGGAAGCCUGGCCACCUCGCCUGAAUCCUGCAGUAACGUGUGCUGGGAAGGGAAUCCCACUGUCUCCUCCUGCCUGUGCAUGCAGUGCUCUGCAGGUGGAGGUUGAAAGAUUGCAGGGUCUGGUGUUAAAGUGUUUGGCUGAACAACAGAAGCUACAGCAAGAAAACCUUCAGAUUUUUACUCAACUACAGAAACUGAACAAGAAAUUAGAAGGAGGGCAGCAGGUGGGGAUGCAUUCCAAAGGAACUCAGACAGCAAAAGAAGAGAUGGAAAUGGAUCCAAAGCCUGACUUAGAUUCCGAUUCCUGGUGCCUCCUGGGAACAGACUCCUGUAGACCCAGCCUCUAGUCUUCUGAGCCUAUAUAGCCCCCAGGAAACUGGGAUCCAAAAAACUUCACAGCACACUUACCGAAUGCAGAGAGCAGCUUUCCUGGCUUUGUUCACUUGCAGACAAGGAGCGCAAGGCGGAGGCUCUGAAGCACUUUCCUUGUACAUGUGGAGAGUGACAUGGCCUUUUAGAUAGGAUCUAGGAGUGAGUUUAUUGUUUUGGAGAAUGGAAGGGCCCGUGGCCCUGGCUUUGUCAUCGGUGACUGCCAUAGCAACAGCAGCUCUGUACCUCAUCUGUUGAUCCCACCUUUGAAGAGGAGACAACAGUGCUCACCGUAAUUGCGCUGGUAGCAGCUUAUAUUUCAUAUAUCAUUUUCACCGUUGAUUGGAAGCUGCCUUGGGAAUUCAGCACCAGGCAUUGCAUCUCUGGGUGAAGGAGGGAAAUGUGUAAAGCUGGAGCGGGCUGGAACCAGGCGUGGCCCGCCCGGUGUCCUCUGGAGAGUGCUGAAGUAUUCUGAUCCCUCUCAGGAGUCCCGAGUCCAGAAAAAUGUGUCUGAUUGAGUCAAUUUCAGGCUUGUCUUCAGAACGUUCAGUUACUUCGUGCAGCUAAAUGCUUUAGGAGGAAAAGUGGGCUUAGAGUACUUUUCCUCUGAGGGUUGAAUGAAAUUUCUUAGUAAGAAGUAGAGAAAGGGCAGGUCCCUCCUCGUCACACAGCUGGAGUUUUAGGCUGUGGCUGAUGCUGGGUGGGAUUUCCUGGCUUUGGAAGAUACCUCUGCGGGAUGAGGUGUCUCAGAGAAUCAGUGGGACAGUAGAAAAGGCCAUAAGAGAAAACCAUGAGGGAGAGGAGAUCCUGCUUUAUCUGCCUCUACUUGGUAUCUUAGGGAGGGCCUAGAAGAACCUGAUCAUCCGCCCAUGAGAAGGCUUCUUCUGCCUCUGCCUUCAUGGCUCUUAGAACUUUAAUCCUGACAUCAGCAGCCCCAACCACUCCCUGUCUGUAUGUCUAGUCAGUAUUUUUUCUCUUUUAGUGUUUGAUGAAGCCAUAUCAUGAGUGAAUCUGAAUCAUCUUUCCUACUUGAGUGGCCCAGAGCCAGCACCAAACCCUGGGUGUCCCUGAAAUCUAACAGAACAAUAGAACUUGCCAAGUGAAAGGAGCGCUGAUCCUUUACUCAUUAUGUCUUUGUAGACAGGAGCAAGCUAGCUUUCACAAAGAGAAAUCGUGUUGUAGAACAAAACUUCAUAUAGAAAGUUCUAGGCAAGCAUUUGAUGGUUUCACUUAAGCAUGUGACUUUGUGUUGUUUCCACCUAGCCUUAUGAGAUAUUCCUUUAGUACCUUGAGUCACACAUCCUGCCUUCCUAUAAAUAGCUAAAUUAAUUUUAUUUUCUCCAAACCAAAAAUAUACUUGAUAUCUGUUUUAUAUUGUGGGAAGUCCUGUACAAUGGGAAUUUUGCUGUUUCCCUCAACCUGGUGGUAUGAAGACUGGCGCUUGAGGAAAUCCCCAUGGCUGGGGAUGGGCAACUCUAUUCAAUGGGAUCUUCUUUGGUUUGAUGUUCCCAUUGUUUUCUCAAUUCUGGGAAGCCUAGUACAUUAGUACUAAUGUAAUCACUGAAGCCUUUUCUUGAAGUAAGCGAAGGGGCCAACCUUGGAUUAAAGUUACAAGUUCUGGGGACUUGGGAGUUGCUGUAAACCCUAACAGUGGGUUUUGGUUCAUCAUAUAUAUGCAACUUUGAUAUUCUUACGGACUGACUGGUCUACUGUGUCCCUGUAUCCUUGUGCUCAUCAUCUCAGCAGGCCUGAGAGGCAGGGGCAGUGGAGGUGUUCAUCUGAGGAUGGCUUCUGCUGUGGAACUGAGGGACACAGGCAUGUUGCUGAGACUGUGGGGUGAAAGGGAGUGCUGAAGGUGGUGAGAGCCCUGCUUCUGUACAAAAGGAGUCAUUCUCUAGCAGUGGAACACUGUGGUCAUUUCUCUAGCAUGUUCCCUUGAGAAUUCUGGGUUUGCUAUUCAUGUGGCUGAGAAUCUUAAGUUCUGUGCCUUAGAGACAGUUUGCACUUUUCCAAAUUGUGCCUGGGACAGCCAUAUGAUUUUUUUCCUACCAAAAAACUAUGCAAACAGAAACCAAUUCAGAGGUGGAUAGAGUGAAAGGUGAAACAGUAGAAAUGCCUUUGAAUGGUUUUCUGUAGCUAAUUCUCUUUAAAAUCUGACCCGCUUUUCUUCUGUAUGCAGUGCUAGGUGUUUAAGUUUUCUAGUAGUAUUGCUUUUGAGUUAUAGUAUAACCUGAGUUACUCCUCUGCUCUGGCUUUCUUGCAGAAGAACUAGCUUGUUAGCCAGAGACUUGAAAGGUUGAGGGUGGAGUGGUUUGGCCUUUCUGUUUUAAAUAAACAUUUUAACUCUUAACCAGUGCUGUGCCUCAGUAAGCCUGUGCACGGGCCUCAGUCAUUGGAGAUAAAACACCCAGAUUCUUGGCCUUGAUGAAUCUUGAGUUCAGUGAAUCUUUAUAUAAAUAAAUAAAUGUUCUUGGAACAGAAACAACACAA